AUGAAUCAUAGUGAUAACCAGUUCAAUAUUUCCCCUCCCAAUUGGAAAAAGCACAAUGCUUGGAUCAAAACCUCUGAGGAUGAUUCCCAGUUGAUCCGGAUCAGCUACAUCGACUGCGAACCGCCAGCCACAUCGCCGUCGAAGGGAGUCAUAGUCCUAAUCCACGGAUUCCCCCAAACCUCAUACCAAUUCCGGCAUGUGAUACAGCCACUUGCUGAUAAAGGUUUCCGUGUAAUAGUUCCAGACUACCGCGGGGCUGGACAAUCGUCGCAUCCAUCUCACGAUUUCAGAAAGUCAACGAUGGCUCGAGAUCUAUUCACCCUUGUUCAUGACCAUCUUGGCAUUACGUCCGAAAUUCAUCUGGUCGGCCAUGACAUCGGUGGCAUGAUCGCACAUGCUUAUGUUUCACUGUAUCCGCAACAUGUAGCGAGUGUUAUCUGGGGCGAAUGCCCGCUUCCCGGAACUUCUACCUACGAAUCAAACAAAAGGAUGCCGGAGCAGUUCCAUUUCAUAUUCCAUUGCGCGCCUGACGACUUGGCACCAUCACUUGUCAGUGGGAGGGAAAAGAUGUACCUGAAUCAUUUUUUCUCGAAGCAAAGUUUUAACGCUAACGCCAUAUCACUUUCUGACCUCGAGUAUUACACCUCGCAAUAUUCGCAACCGGGAGCCCUUCGGUGUGCCUUUGAAGUAUAUCGAGCUUUUGAAGAGGAUGCCAGAGAAAAUGUCGAAUUGCUACGUCUGAAAGGCAAGUGUAUGCGGCCUGUGCUUAUUUUAAGUGGUGCGGAAAGUCGGCAUGCUUCUGAGGCCAGGGAUAUGGUGGCCGAGGUUUAUGGUGGUCAUAUACAGGUUGCGACGGUGGAAGAUUCUGCUCAUUACAUUGCGGAAGAAAACCCCAAGGGAUUUAUGCGGGAAGUCUCGGCAUUCGUGUCUAAAUACGCAAAACAGGUGUGA